UGCUUGUUGCAGCGAUUUGGUGAUCAUGAGUCGAGCUGCGACCCAUCCGCACAUCCGCGCCGUCCUGUUCGACCUGGGCGGUGUGCUGGUGACAUCUCCGCUGCGUGCAAUCUCCAACUUUGAGCGCGACGCUGGCCUCCCUCCAAAGUUCAUGCAAAAGCUGUUCGUCACAAGCGGUCAGCCGCAGGGAGCGUUUGCCAGGCUGGAGCGAGGCGAUCUGCUCAUGUCCUCUUUUUUGGUCCAAUUUCAUGCUGAAUGCAACACGCUGCUCGAAUCUUGGGAUGCGCAACCAAAACCAUCUGGAGUGUCCCAUGAUAACGUCAGACGCCUGAUGCAAUCGAUGGGCGAGUUAUCUCUUGUUCCACGAAUGCUCCAGCUUGUCGCUACCAUCCGAAAUCAAGGGUUUAAAACUGCUUUGGUCACCAACAAUUGGAUUGACGACACGCUGGACCGCACCGAUGCGCACGGCUCCUCCAACCUGUUGCAAGGAAGCGCAGUCACCCAGCUCUUCAAGCUUCUUCGCCCUUAUUUCGAUGUGGUGGUUGAGUCUUGUCAAACAGGCAUGCGCAAGCCCGACCAGGACAUUUACUUGCACACCUGCAAGCUGCUUGACAUCCAGCCCACUCAGGCCGUAUUUGUGGACGAUCUCGGACAUAAUGUCAAGGCUGCGGCACAAUGUGGAAUGACGGCCGUGAGAUGCCUUGAUCCUGAGCAGGCCGUGAAAGACGUGUCCGACUUGCUUGGCCUGCAGCUUCCUGCCGCGGCAACGAACGCCUCACUCGCUACUAUUUCAACCGAGCGACAGCCCUAUACCGUGUUGCUGCGUCAAAAGCCGCUGACAAAGGAAGACUCUUCCGCAAGCCCUGCGUUUUUGGCGCAGCCUGCUGACUGGACUGCAUCUACACCAUCGGACGUUCUUCCGUUCGACCCCGUGCUCGAUGCUCCGGCGUGCACGGUCGAUUCUGUGCCACACGCCUUUGUGACCACCCAGACUGGCCAUCGCAUUCACUAUGUCGAGCUGGGCGAAGGUCCAGCGAUUGUUCUGUGCCACGGUUGGCCUGAGCUGUGGUAUUCCUGGCGUCAUCAAAUCCCAGCUCUGGCUUUGGCUGGAUUCCGUGUGAUUGCGCUCGAUCAGCGUGGCUACGGCCAGAGCAGCGCUCCACGAGAUCCGUCGCUCUAUGGAAUGAAGCAAUUGUCCGAAGAUGUGGUCCACUUGCUCGACCAUCUCAACAUCGCAACGGCCACCGUGAUUGGCCACGACUGGGGUGGCGCGCAAGUGUGGGCCCUGGCCCUGCACUAUCCGCAUCGCAUCCACGCGGUGGCAAGCAUCAACACGCCGUUGAUGAUUCCCAAUCCAGCCAAAAACCCGAUGCAGACAUUGCGCGAAAACCCCGGCCGCUUUGACUACCAGCUGUACUUUCAGAGCGAUGCCGCUGUCGCGGAGCUUGGCGCCAACGUCGAGAGGACUGUGAAUUACAUUCUGCGACCAACGAUCGAGAUUGAGCGCAACCCCGAAAUGCGUCGACUGGCGGUCAAUUUUGCUACCGCGACGAAACGGGGCGGACUGCUCGCCGGAAUGCCCGACAACAUCCCCCCGACUCCAAUGCUCUCGGCAACCGAUCUGAAGGUGUACACGGACGCAUUCCGGAGCUCGGGAUUUUACGGCCCGCUGAACUGGUACCGCAACAUGGAGGCCAACUGGCGCUGGCACGGUCGGAUUGCCGGCAAGCAAGUGCGACAGCCAGCACUCAUGGUCACCGCUGGCCGCGAUCUCGUCCUCACCCCUGCCGGGUCGGCGCACAUGGAACAGCUCAUUCCUUGGCUGUCGCGAGGACACAUUCCAGCCUCUGGCCACUGGACCAUGCAGGAACGCCCUCGCGAGUUGAACCGAAUUCUCGUCCAAUGGCUUCGCACGGUGGUUUAUCCUGCGCAGGUGGCGAAACUGUAGCGUGGUUUCGUUCUUGUUGUCAUUUCGCUGUUUGCUGCAAGGUGGGUGGGAUGUGUGGGUCCAAUAUUUGGCAACUUUGAUCAAAAACUCGUACGAGAAGAAACAACAAAUGUUGUAGGAAAAUGUUGCCCGUCUAGCAGGCGUUUAUACAAAAUGAAGAGGAC